AUGCAAACGCUCAACAAUGUAUCAGUGUUGCUCGCUCUGGGCUCCCUCAUCGCCUUGCUGCCACAAGGGGCGCACACGGAGUCCGACCUGCCACAGACAAUCAAUCGUACAGAAGCGGACGGAGGAAUGUGGCGCCAGGGUCGCCGUCGGAAUAUUUUGGCCGACACCUGCCUCACCAACAAUGGCGAGACGGGCACCUGCCUGACGCGCUUCAAGUGCAUGCGUCAGAGUGGCACCGUGAACGGCUAUUGCGGCACGUACGGAGUGUGUUGCGAAACCAAUAUGCAAUGCGGUACGACGUCGCGACAAAAACGCACCAUCAUUAAGAAUCCCGCCCAGUUGGCCAGCGACGUUUGUACAUAUACCAUUGAGGCAUUCAGCACCAACGUGCAACAGUUGCGAAUUGAUUUUGAGCAAUUCAAUUUGCCACAGCCAACCGUAUCGGCCGAUGAUGAAACCGUGUACGAGUGUAAGGACUAUUUCGAGGCGGGAGGAUUUAAGCUGUGCGGCGUCAACUCCGGCCAGCACAUCUAUUUGCCUUUUAAUGUGGCAUCUGGCAUUGAUCAGAUCACGAUAACAUUCAACAUGGCCAGCCGGAUGACGGGAUCCAGUUGGCGUCUGAUAGUUACACAGCUCGAAGGUCCGGGCACCGUACGCAAGACGAGCGCACUUAGCGGCUUUGGAGCUGCCACCAAUAGCCUGCAGGACCUGCGCACCAUGUUUGCCUUCCACCAUGCAGACUACGAUCUAUUGGCGCCCGCCGGUUGUCAGCAGUAUUAUACGGAGCCCACGGGCACUAUUCGCAGCUUCAACCAUCAGUCGACCAUAGGUACCAUGUACAUGCCCGAUACCAGCUACACGAUCUGCAUCAAGUCUGUGGCAACUGCCAGCAUGAUUGAAUAUACAUUCAGCAAAUUUUCCAUGUCUCAAACAAUGGAUGUCGGUGGCACCCCUGAAGGCUAUGAUGAAGCUUGUCAUAGCACCAUACACACGACUGGCAGGGCGGAGGAUUACCUUUUGAUCCCACAAUCUAUACUGGCACGACACAUAGAAUACCAGCCGACCUACUAUUGUGGUGUUAAUGAUAACCUAAUUGUCUAUGCUUCGCCGCCCUAUUUUAUGCACUUCUCCAGUGACGAUAUGGUCCAUGAUCCAACAGAAGAGACCGGUUUCAUGAUGACUUACCGCCUGCGUACGUCAAUUUACUGAAUAGAGUAAGGAUUGAGGAGAGAUUCACACUUAGUAGCGUAUUUGAAAUAAGUUCUUAUAAAGUAUAUGCUUAGAUUAUCAGA